AUGCAUCUGUAUAUUAUUCAGUGUGAGGCGGUAUCUUCGAUUGGGUCAACUCGAAGCGUGUGCGACUACACCGCAACCAACCUUUACGUUGUCAACGGCACUGCGACUUCGACACCAUCAUCAUUUCCAACAGGGUAUGUGUCGUGUUUAAACGCUACUGGUAGUGACGCAGAGCUUUGCAAAACUUGUUCAUGUCGUGAAAACAAGGUUGGGUUAGUAGAAGGUGUAACAGUCGUUGGGGUUAUUUGCGUUGGAUCCGGGAACGCUACGACUUGUCGGGGUCAAGACCAAGAAUACUGCGACUGCAAUGGUAGUGCUGGCUGUACUGUUAACAACACAGUCUUGCAGGACGGCUCUAGCUUUGAUGAAGAUAUGAGUGGUAGCAACUACGUCUCGGUCAGUUCCAACGACAGUCGUGCGAACGGCAGUGAUACCAGUGUUGAAAGCAACUCGGUUUUAAGUCCAAGCACCUUGUCAAAUUUUACAGCUGAAUCCGCUGUAGACUAUAUUCCAUCAACCACCGACACCAACCCAAACUUGAACACCAAUGUAAGCAUCAGCAUUGAAAGUAGCAGCUCUGACGCGGAUAUUAACACAAACAAACCCACUAGCAUUCCCGUCAUAGGUCCCGAACUUAUGACUUCCAGCAGUGACUCCCACAGUGGAAGCGCCGGCAUCGACGAGAUUGAUAUUCCUGUCAUCGCUUCCGAAUCGGCAAGCUCCACUAUUGACACAGAGAAUGGUAGUUCUAUACUUGAUGUCGACAUUGGCAGCGAUAGCGCUUCGGGAUCUGCGGACUCCAGCAAUGCCGUCAACAGUAGCACUGACACUACCGUAAGCUUGCAUACCAACGUGGAUGCUGACACAAGCAGCAAUGGCACUACCGUGAAACCUGCCAGCUCGAGCUAUGAUUUUGGUUCGGAUCCGACAGGGUUUUCCAUUGACAAAGACAACGUGGUCGGCAAUGUUGAUGAAACUACCAAGCCAUCUCAGCUCGACACUGCUCCUUCCACAGACCAGAACACUAUCCGCUCACGAGACAAUGGAUCAACGACGUUUGGUACCAGCACUUCGUCAAGUAAUUCUAGCUGGUCGGGUGAGCGACUUACCGCUGUGCUCUCCGCAAUGUGUGGAAUUGGAAUUACGGCUGCUAUCGCAAUAUUUGUCGUGAUGCGCAGGAGUCAGUUCAUAAAGGACAAGGAGCUCGGAACUCCGAUGGAUGACUAUCCAGAUGACAACACUUCCAUGGCGAUGCCGACGAAUUACGGCAAACAAGAUGUUCGAUACUACAGCAAAGAAACAUGCAAGGCCGAGGCGUUUGACGAGACACCACUGGCCUCGAUCGAUGUGAUCGGCUCUGACGAUAGUUUCCUCACCCCACCACCAAGUCCAUCAAAACGCCAAUAUAGGUCGUACAGAAGAACUGCAUCAAAAGAUAGUUACGAGUGCAGUGUGAGACCUGUAGCUGGAAAAGACGUGGCAAUGCAAGACAGCCGUUCAAGUUACGCCACGAUACAGCAGCAGUUUCUCGCAUCGCACAACAAGGACGUGCAGUCGCCCACGUCCAGCCGAAUAUUUGACACACGAGAGAGCUACUCGUCUGGCAUGAGCUCUCAAUGCGACAUUCCGUCGGAUGAGCGGAUGUAUGAGUCGGCAACAAGCUUCAAAUCUUUCCGGACGCCGCUUGAUGCAUCCUGCGGAACCCAUUGCGACUCGAAUAGUUCAAGAAACCUCAGUAAUCGUCAAGCUUUGUCCAAGCCAGAGUCCGAAGAAAAUGUAGCCGUCUCGAGUUUUUCGAGCCAAGAGAGUGUCCAGUACGCUAUUCGCGACACGGAAGCCAGUGAGCGCAUGCACGAGUCGGAGAUGAUGAAAUUGAGUUGCAUCGCCUUUUCCUUCGACAUGGACUCUAUAUAA